CCCACGGUUACCAUAUGGUAACGCAAAAUAUGCCGUUAUAUUUUCACGAAUUAAUCUAAAAAGAAAUAACAGAAGUAAAAGAAAGACAUUCAGAUUAAUGUAAAACAUUUGUUGUUUGCCAAACAAGUGUAUUUUUUUUUAUUCUGAGUUAAGUUACCGAAGUUAUAGCAUCUUCAAUUGUGGUCACAAAAAAAAAAAAUAAAUUUUCCGUUUUAAGACAUGGCACGUCGGGGUUUGUCAUUACAACAAAUGCUCGAUUAUAUUCAAGAGCUUGAUGAAGCUGAAGAUGAUAAUGAGCUUACCGAUUUACCAACUGCCAUUUACAUCGAACCUCCUAUAGAUGGAAACAUAUCUGGCGAAGAUGAUUCUGAAGAAGAAUGUGAUGGAGUUCCAGAUAAUGUUUGCCCGGGUCAGCUAAAAGGUGGCUGUGAACUUGUAAUGGCUAGUGGACGCCAUUUACAAAACAUUGAUGAAGAAGAUGAACUUGGAGCCCCAAAUGAGGAAGAGUUACACUCUAUUAUUGUAGAAGACAUAUCUCAAGAUAUGGGGGAUCAACCAACAACAUCAAAGCGUACAGCAUCGCCGGAUAGAAAGCGGUUACGUAAAGUACAACCAAAACCUUCUAAUGUUGCAUUACCGCCAGGAAACAAGGAAACGAUAUUCCAGUGGAUAAAGAAUAAUUCAUCAUAUCUUGUUCCACUUUUUCCAGCUGCAAAUUAUGAGGAUUGUCGUGACUUACUACCACAUCAACAAUUCGAAAAGUUUUUUGAUGAUGCAAUAUUGACACACAUUUGUGAACAAAGUGCAAUAUAUGCAACAGAACAUAAUAGACCGAAUCCAAAUAUAACAGUCGGUGAACUGCGCGCAUUUAUCGGCAUACUGAUAGUAACGGGCUUCAAUUAUCACUCCAAUUUUAGGAAUUUGUGGAGUCAGGAUGAAGUCAUUCGCAACAAUCUUGUAAGUAGCACCAUGCGUCGGAAUCGUUUUCAAGAGAUUUUGCAGUGUCUUCACUUCGAAGAUAAUUCCAAGGCCCCUUCGAAAGAGGGCGCAAAUUUCGAUAAAAUGUGGAAAUUGCGUCCUCUUAUAGACCACCUAAAAGCAAAAAUGAUAGAGCAUUUUCAUACUGAACAAAACCUAUCCUUCGAUGAAAGUAUGAUAGCCUAUUUUGGUAGACAUGGUUGCAAGCAGUUCAUUAAAGGCAAGCUAUUACGGUUUGGAUAUAAAGUUUGGUCUCUUUGCACUCCAUCGGGGUAUCUGGUGAACUUCGAAAUUUACCAGGGAAAGAAUCCUCGGUCCAAUUCUGAAUAUGAAGCUAAAUUUGGAAAAUGCGCGGCUCCAUUAGUAAACAUGAUUGAUGAUUUCUCCGAUGAAAUGAAAUUGCUACCAUUUUCAUUUUAUUUUGAUAAUUUAUUUACCAGCUAUCCUUUGUUGGCUUAUUUGAAAUCAUGCGGAUAUAAUGCUACGGGAACAAUACGUGAAAAUCGCAUUCCAGCAAGCUGUCCACUAGCACAUAAAAAAACUUUCAAGUCGAUGGAAAGAGGUUAUUCCGAAUCGAUUGAGAUGAAAAGCACAGGUAUUCGUUUGGUGAAGUGGAAAGAUAAUAGUGUUGUCUGCAUGUUAUCUACUUGCUUUGGCGAAAAUCCGAAGUCCAUGGCACAACGUUAUUCUAAGGAAAGGGGAGCUAAAAUAAAUGUACCCCGUCCUCUUGCAAUCACGGAAUACAACAAAUAUAUGUGCGGAUACCAUCAAAUCGUAGACACUGUGCUGGUGAUCGAUGCAAAGUUAACGGAAGAACAGCAUGUGUAA